AUGGCCCAGUGUGAGGUGUUGGAUGGGGUGUCAGGGGGCGGAGUGUACUCUAAGCUUCAAGCCUAUUGGCUGGAUCUGUCCGAGGAUGACCCCCUUGGGGAAUGUGAGGUGGGGGAAGGGCGGCAGGGGCCUGGCCGGUUAAGCGGAGGCUGGUGGGAGCAGUUUGGAUCCAGGUCCGGGAAAGCUGUUCCAGACCCAGAGAAGCAAGGCAGCGCUGGCCGGGGUGAUCCUGACCGUGACCGUGGCCGUGACCGAAGUUGCUGUCCCUGUGCGGAGUUCCUGAUGUCUCCCAAGGCUUCCAGGAAGACGCAGCCCCCCGCAGGUGGCCCCGAGGUCCAAGCCCCAGAGGACCCGGCCCAGGUGGGGAAUUCUGAGCUCCAGAUCCAGCCCCAGGCCGGUGCCCCAGACAGUCCAGCCCCACCUCAGCCCCAGGCUAGCCCCGGGGAUUUCCAGGCCCUGUCCCAGCCCCAGGGGGGAGGAAUCCCGGAGAUGGAGCCCCAGCCCAGCACCUCCUCCGACUCCCAGCCCCAGCCGGAGUCCUCCUCCGGGUUCCAGCCGCAGCUCCAGGCCGGGCUCUCGGGGGCGCUGUUCCCAGCCCAGCCCGAGAGCUCCGGGGAGCUGUUCUCGCCGCAGCCCAGCACCUCCUCCGGGUUCCCGCCACAGCCAGGCCCCGCGGCGGCGCAGACCCUGGGGCCGCUGGAGGUGGAGGCGGGCGCCCAGCAGCCCCCGUUCCAGGCCGGGGACCAGGUGCUGUGCCUGCACGGCUCGCUGCUGUACGAGGCCAAGUGCAUGCGCGUGGCCGAGGCGGCCUGCGGCACGGCGGCCGAGGCCGAGGCCGGCUCGCUCACCUACCUGAUCCACUACACGGGCUGGAACAAGAACUGGGACGAGUGGGUGCCCGCGAGCCGCGUCUUCGAGUACUCGGAGGCCAACCUGGCGCGCCAGAGCGAGCUGCUGCGGGCGCACCAGGCGCAGCGGCCGCUCGGCAAGAAGGGGCGCGGCGGCCUGCGCGCCAGGAAGACCCCCGGCCUGCAGCAGAGGGCCGCCGGCCGCGCGGGCCCCAGCCAGGAGGCCCUGGGCGCCGGGGAGGGCGCCGGCCCCAGCGAGAUGCCGCAGCCCGGCGCGGCCACCCGCAGGAAGAGGGUCCGAGCCGAGGCCGGCGCCGAGAGCCGGGCCGCCCCGGCCGGGAUCCGCGCCGACGUGAAGGUGGAGAUCCCCGAGGAGCUGAAGCCCUGGCUCGUGGACGACUGGGACCUGGUCACCAAACAGAACCAGCUCUUCUACCUGCCGGCGCGCAAGAACGUGGACUCCAUCCUGGAGGACUACGCCCAGGCCCGCACGGCCCCGGGCACGGCCGAGGAGAAGGCCUUUGCCGUGGUGGAAGUGGUGGCCGGCAUCAAGGAGUACUUCAACGUGAUGCUGGGCACCCAGCUGCUCUACAAGUUCGAGAGGCCGCAGUACGCCGAGAUCCUGGCCCAGCACCCCGACGUGCCCAUGUCCCAGAUCUACGGCGCGCCCCACCUGCUGCGGCUCUUCGUGCGCAUCGGGGCCAUGCUGGCCUACACGCCCCUGGAUGACCACAGCCUGGCCCUGCUGCUGGGCCACCUGCACGAUUUCGUGGGCUACCUAGCCGAGAAUUGUGCCGCGUUGUUCAAUGUCAGCGACUACGGGGUCGCCCCUCCAGAGUAUCACGAGAGAGCCGAGUCUUAG